GACUGAAGUCGCAGGUCCAACUAACAAUCUACCUUUAGCUUAGGUAGACAGACCACUUUAACAUGUGGACGAUCUGGAGUUCUCUCCUGGUGCCCUCCCUCCUUUCUGGAGCGGAGGCUUCGGUGGUGCCACAAAGUAAAUUUAUAUCCAGACUACAAUCGGUAUCUCGCAACCCCAACUACCCCCUCGAUGUUGUCGACAAGUUCGAAGAGGCUACCAUGCCCAAGGUCGAAGCGUAUAUGUCUGAGAGGAUUACUUCGGGUACGAACAACAACUGCACCCUAGAAAACGCAGUCAUACGGCAAGAAUGGAGCGACCUUUCCGAAGAGCAGAGACAAGAGUACGUCGCAGCCGUGACCUGCCUGACGAAGCUGCCGCCGAAAUCCGACAAAGCAAGAUUCCCAGGCGCCAUGAGCCGGUACGACGAUUUCGUCGCCUUCCAUAUGACCCACGCCAUGCAACUCCACGACAAUUACCAUCUAUUUGGCGCCCACAAGUACUACGUAUGGCUGUUUGAGAAAGCCCUGCGCGAAGAGUGCGGGUAUACCGGCUACCAGCCUUACAUGAACUACGAUCGCUACUCGCAGGACCCAUACAACUCCCCGCUACUCAACGGAAACGCUUCCAGUCUGGGCGGCAACGGCGAACUAGAGCCUACAUAUAAGGGCGUUCCCCAGCCUGGACGAACUCCCAACAUCAUCGCGUCGGGCGGUGGUGGCGGCUGCGUCACCUCAGGGCCGUUCUCAGACAUGGUAGUAAGCCUCGGCCCAACCUCCAUGUCCAUGGGCAGCAACCUCCCUAAGAACCCCAAAGCCGACGGCACCGGCCCCAACCCGCGCUGCCUGCGCCGCGACGUCAACAAGAACGCGUUUAUGGGCGCCACGGCGGACCGCGCUUUCAGCCUGCUCAAUGAUAAUGCGGAGAUGGACGGCUUCUAUAACCAGUUGCUGGGGACGCCGCCGCCGAGGAAUGACCCGUAUCCUUGGGGUAUCCACACAGCCGGCCACUACGUCGCAGCCGUGGACCCGGGCGGCGACCCCAACACCUCUCCGGGGGACCCGCUCUUCUACUUCCACCACACCGCGCUCGACCGCCUGUGGUGGAUCUGGCAGAUGCAGGACCCGGGCAUGCGCCUCAACGCCAUCCCCUUCGUCAACGGCUCCAUGACCAUGCCGGGCCACGGCAAGCGGCAGUCGAAGGACCCCAACGAUGUGAUUGUGGAUCUGGAGUGGCUGGGCCCGCCGGUCAAGUUGAUGGAGACGCAUGAUCAGUUGGGGGGGAAUGGGGGGCUGUUUUGCUAUGUGUAUGUUUAG